AUGCCUCAGUUGAAGACGAAAGACCCGGAGUGCCCCCAGUCAAUCCGACGUACCCGGCUAGGCUGCUGGAAUUGUAAAGCGCGGCGAAGGCGAUGCACAGAGGACAAGCCCUCGUGUAGCGGAUGUGUCAAGCGAGGUCUGCAGUGCUCUUAUGGCAUCCGACUCUUAUGGCAAGAUGAAGCAGAGUCGAUGGGCAUUGCCUUUGGACGAGCAGGCAUGAAGGAUCGAUUUCGGAAGAAGACGAAGAAAUCCAUUGCCCUGCACUAUUUACUCCCUGCUCGUCAUCAAGGCCGGUAUCAUUGGCUGAAUACAACAUCGGAAGAUGUUGGUUGGCUGUACAACGAUGCCCCCAGAAGUGACAAUCGGCGCAGUCUUUUCUGCGAUACCCAGCCACCAGCAAUCCUUAUAGCAAAGAGGGCUGGCACCAAUAGCCGCAUCCCAUCUCUGUUGUCUGAGUGGCCCUCACUCGGCGAAAAAGACACUUUUCUUUUUCAGUACUUCAGCAAUGUCUGUACCGCCCAGAAAUCACUUGUUAUCGACGAUAACCCCUGGCGUGAAGUCAUUCUUCCGCUUUGUUAUCAAUCAGAGGGUCUUCUUGAUAUAGCCGUAGCUUGGGCGGCUCAUGAUAUUCGCAAUCAACGUCGAGACCGAGAUGUUUUUUCUUAUGACGAGAUGGUACUUCGAUACAAGUGCCGCUCUCUCAAAUAUUUUCGCAAUAUGGUGCCACGGUGCACCAAUGAUCCCACAUUAUCUAUAGCACAGACCCAAGCAGAGCGAGACAGCCUGUUGCUUCUAGCCAUGCUCCAUUCCCUCCUGGAGAUAGCAACGGGCAGCGUCAUGGAAUGGACAUACCAUAUGAAAGGGGCCCUGAUGAUCAUGGAAUUUUACACACGACUACAUCGCGCAUCGAGGCAGGAGAAUAUCUUCAGCCCGCAAGUCUUGGAGCUUGUCUAUAGCUUCUUCUCUGAAAAUGACACCUUUUUAGCCACGACGGGGGAUAAAGACAAACACUAUGAGGAGAAUGUGUACUGGUCUGUCCAAGUACGGGGCAUGUUUCCCUUUCUCGGCAGUGUCCCCAUGAAGCUUCAUCCAUGCAGGGGAUUGUCUUCUGAAUUACUGGAUAUCAUAUCCUCAACUACCAAGCUAGCGAGUAGCCGACACGAGAUACAGGAUGAUGACAAAAUACGCCACUUUAUGAAUCUCCAGCGGCGUCUCUCUCGGUUGAGAACAUUGCCGGAAAGAGCAGGACCAAGAGAUUUAAUCAAUUUGCAGGCUGCAGCUUUCGAGGAGGCCGCUUGGAUCUACCUGUACCACGCAAUCCAAAAUCAACUCUCCUGUCCAGUUGAUGAUAUUAAAAAGGUCCAUCUCCCCAAGCUUCUCGAUAUCCUGGAAGAAAUCCAUGCCGUUCAGGGCCCUCUUCUUGGAGUUAUUCCCUAUCCCAUGUGGGCACUCUUUAUUGCUAGUUGUUCUGUAUCGGAGGACGAGCGAAGGAGGAUUCUUGAGUGGUUCACGAUAUUGAAAUCCAACAGGCCAAUUAGCACCGUGCCAUCUGUUAUGACUGCCGUUGAGACGAUCUGGAAGCGACGAGACCUCGAUUUUGGUGAAACGGCCAGUCGCUCCUCUGAGUACAGUCUCAAUUGGGGGGCGGCCAUCUCGCAGCUGGGUUGGAAGAUGUCGAUGACUUGA